UGUUAAAGAAACUGUAAGAGAUCAAAGCUCGGCAAGUUGUUGUAAACAGUGAACUGAUUGGUAUUUAUUGUGAGCACAUUGCGCGUUAGUUAGAGCGUUUGAGCAGAAUAGCCGUCGGCGGCGUGUUCGAUAAGGCAAAAAUUGCCGCCGCCAAUUCGCGCUCCGGUGCCAUGAUGCUUGACAUUAAAACUUCUGCCGAUUAUUUGUCACGUUCGACGGGAAGUUUUAGCAAUUUUUCAAUGUUAUUCGCAGAUUCUUCGUAUAAAUCCUCUUGGGGAUCUCACAGCUCUACGCAACCGCAGGGCUACAGCUCAAAUGCUUUAAGCAGCGUAGGCGUGAGCGUUGGAAAGUCCUCGCUUGAUCCGCACUCACAUCUCAGGCAGCCUGAUCCAUAUCAAAUGUUUGGGCCAACCAGCAGCCGACUCGCCAGCUCUGGUUCAGGACAAAUACAGUUAUGGCAAUUUCUGCUCGAACUACUCUCCGACUCUAGCAAUGCCGCCUGCAUCACCUGGGAAGGCACUAAUGGCGAAUUCAAACUAAGCGAUCCUGAUGAGGUGGCCAGACGUUGGGGUGAACGCAAAUCAAAGCCGAAUAUGAAUUAUGAUAAGCUGAGUCGUGCGUUAAGAUAUUACUAUGACAAGAAUAUUAUGACAAAAGUGCAUGGCAAGCGUUAUGCGUAUAAGUUCGAUUUCCAAGGAUUGGCCGCCGCCACACAACCCGCCGCCAGCGAUCCCACCUACAAGUACCAAAGUGAUUUGUUCAUGACACCAUAUCAUCAUAGCGCCAAGCUGAGCUCAUUCAUGAGUCCCCACCAUGGUAUGACGUCGUCAUCAGCUUCAAUAUUUCCAUCAGCCGCCUCCUGGGGCAAUUGGGGCAACCCGGCCACGAAUCUCUACCAACCACACUCGAUGGGUCAUGUGACGCCGUCGCAUGUUGCGCCCCACCUCAGCUCCUAUCCGCACUAUGCAUGACCAUCAUCGUCCGG